AUGACAGCUUCUCAUCUCACUAUAGACUCGGACCUUCAGAAAGUCAAACUAGCCGUCCUAGGGGCGCCCGGUGUGGGCAAGACUUCGAUUAUACGACAGUUUGUCUGCAACGAAUUCGUCGAGGAGUAUGUGGCCACGGAGAAAAAGCAAGUGUUUUAUCCCUCGGUGAUCAUCAACGACCAUCUGUACGAGCUGAAGAUCAUCGACUGUCCGUACAUUCCUUACUUCCCGGUAAAUUCCCUGUACGAAUGGACAGACUUCCGUGGCUACGGACUGAGGAAUGCGACGGCUUACAUACUGGUGUACGACAUCACGUCAGAGGAAAGUUUUCAAUACAUCAAAUCUCUCAGAGAACAGAUCUUGGAGAGCAGGGACAUGCACGACAUUCCGAUCUUUGUGGUGGGUAACAAACAUGACCAGGCGGAGGAGAGGGGUCUGUCGCGUAGGGAAGUUGCCAAUCUGGUUAAGAAACAGUGGAAAUGCGGCUACGUCGAGUGCUCGGCCAAAUUCAACUGGCACGUCAUUUUGCUGUUCAAAGAGCUAAUGAAGGCUAUAGACUACAUAGACUACGGCCAUAAGCCGACGGCCAUACGGGUUCAAGAUGCGUUCCGGAGAAACCGCUGCGUCAUUUUAUGAAAACGCGGGAUGAACUAAGAGGGGUUUAUUCCAUGGUGCGCCAUAGGUCAGUCAAUUUUAUGACGUGGUCUUCCCGGGCACAUUGUCGAUGCUAAAAGGGCAGGUUGGAGUUGUACGGAUCUGUAAUUAUAUAUAGGUGUGUUUUGACCAGAUGUCGUUUGUACAAUCUUUCGUCCACGAUAAACGUGUUCAUUUAUACAAAGCGCAGGUGACCUUCGGCGAAGAAUAUAUUGUUACCUGUACACAGGCGACGAAAUUCAUAAUUAAGACACUCACCAAAUACGGACGAGAAAGAAAUGACAACGUCUACAAACUAGCAACACGUUGCCAACCUGAGAUGCAUGUCUAUUAUUCAGCCCGUGGCGGGUAACCGCCAGGCGGACGUCGUGAUUCGCCGAGCAGCGAAGCUCGUAGAGAAGGAGAUAUCUUCAACAUGGGUGAACAUUUUGCCACGCAGUCCAUACCAUCGCAUUCAAAUCGAUACCUAAUGCUUGUUUGCUGGUGCUAUGUUCCGCUUCCGGAAGAAGCCCUCUACUUACCCCUAGCCGCCCGUGACCCUUCAGCCAACGGCUCAGACCAUCUUCAUACAGUCUCUGACUGAACAUGCGGCGCGUUACUCCGCUGACCAUCGUACACAAUCACAUCAGCUGAUUUAAAUAUCGACCAAUCAGGUUCCGAUUCUCAUACCACGAGCGUUGAAUGGGAAUGUUUUGUCCACAUUUCUUUUUAUACGAAACUGAUACAAUUAUGAUCAAUCAGCACUUUAUGUUUCUGUCGCACGUAAAACUUUCUCUUUCCAAACAUCGUGUCUGAAAGUGGACCGACAUUCUGAAGAAUUCAAUGAUCGAACUCCAUUUCUGCUCCCUAUAUUUUAGAGGGCGUACCAAGAAGAUGUAUGGUACAGUGUUUCACAGGGACCAUGUUUGUUUGAUGGACUGAUGCUACAAAUCUG